AUGGCUUUUCAAGGACCGAGCUCAGAUUGUCAUCCAAAUUGCCUACGAGCAUUGAAUGCGCAAGAAGAUUACGAUGCGUCUCAGAGAGCAGCAAUGUUAGCGGUUGAUCUAAUCACCAUGACGCGUGGUAUACUGAAGCUUGACAGUGAGAACACUCUGUACUCAGCUCAGUAUCUGGUGGACAACGCUGGUCCCAAGAAGGACUCUGGGCAGGGAGAGUGGGGUCAAGGACGCGGUGUAACGAUCCAAGACCUCUUUGACUACUUGAGGGACAUAGCUACUCCUAGCGAGGAGGGAGAAACGGAUCAAGAACGCCCUGAGCUAACGGUGAAGGACUGCCUUGAGUGUGCUUUCAGAGAUGGGUUGCCGAGAAGAGGGCAGUGGGGACAUUUGGGAUGUGUCUCCAAGGUUCCCCCAUUUGCUUGUCUCAUACCUCGCGUCCCCAUGAAUGGAGAAGUGGUUGAGACUGAGAAAUGGGAAGAAGCAGUUGAGUUGUUGGGGAAGCACCCGAUUGGAGCUAAACUGCAUGUCUUCAGUCCGGAGAUUGAUCUUGUUGAUGAUGAAGUGGGAGUUUACGAAGGGCCGUCAGGUGCUGGAUCAAGCUAUGUUGGACUUAGGGAUGUGAUGGUCACUGGAGAGGGGAAGACAGAGAUGGGAGACAAGAAGGUUGCGCAAGUGAGGAUUUGCUACAAGAAGAAGACUAAGUUCAUUGCUGUGUCUCUUGAUCGUGUGCUUACCUCACUUGGCGACGAGUCUCAGGUCAUAGAGCCGACGGGUCUCCUUUCUGACUUCAUCAUCCCACGCUUCUCCCAGUAA